CACUGGUCAAGGAACGAAGGCGCACCUUGGGCACGCAUUGUCGCUGUUUAGCGUGCAACACCAAGGACAAAAGAGCUUCCCACUCUGGCUUUGACGCACGUCGCCCAUUCCGGUCCAGGGGGUCCAAGUCGAGGCGAAUACGACCGCGACACAAAGAAUGUGGCAUGAAAGACCGCGUGCAUUCCACAAAUCGAGGGUCGACAUCGCCCUUCGGAUGAAAGCAACGCAUGACUGGAACCGUGGUCGGAUGGCAGGGCAUUCACCCAGCAGGCCUCCCUGUUAGGAUCGCUUCGCCUGGAUUCUGUCACAAGGACUCGUGGAUCCUGACGACAGCUCCGAGGAUCUAUAUCAAGGGGACGACCUCCCUCGUCUAUCGUCCGCAUCAUCUUCAGCAUCCCAAGCAACCCGUAUCGAGCCACAGGUCAGCAUGGCCGAGGUCAAAUUCCCAACCGAUGAUUGUCCAGAGCUCGAGUCCUACGUGGCAAGACUUCUGGACGAGGCCGGCGUUCCCAAUUUCAUCUGGGGCGAGGCGAUCAUCUCGAUCCUGGGGGUCCCCACCCAGAUCACCUCCUCCUCAUGGGCGAUCCCAGAUUCUCUCAUCGACACCGCCGCGAAGGUGCUCGACGACGCCAAGUUCCCCCCGUGUACUCAGGGGCGCGAGCACUGUAGGGUCUUCAACUCAAUGAGCACCCAUCCAUACCCGGACUAUCAUUGGCACACCGACCAUCGGUAUCCCACCGAGCCACCGACCUUCACGACCGGCGUGUUUCUCUACCGGAAAUCCCGGCUGUUCUGGACGUUUCCCGAGCCUCCCAUCGGUCGUCCGCCCCCCGGAGAUCGGUUCUAUAUGCUCACGUCCGAUCCGCGCAUCAGGAGGCUGAACCCCAUAUCCAGAGGGCCACAGUCGGCGGAUCCGGCCGUCUAUCCCGUCAAAAUGCCGACCCCGGCGCGAUACACGGAGGCCAUGCUCUUACUUACGCUUCGGGAUCUUGUUGGAACACAUGCCUUAAUGCAUUGGGAAAUUGAAAGCGGGUAUAUGCUCGGCUGGGAUGAUCAGAAAGACGGCGACCGAAACCUCGACGUCGACGAACUUGACGAGCCGUUCCGGGAAUGGGCCAAGAUCAUGCUGGACGCACAGUAUGGCGAGCGAAUCGGGGACGUGGUGGCCUAUAGAUGGAGACACAGGACCUACGUCGAGAUGAAGAGAAAGAAUCUGCUUCCACCCCCAGAGGGCCCGCUGAAUACAUUCAUCUGGAGACCGCUGGAAGACCGCCUGCGGGAGUGCGAUCUUCCGGUCGACCUGGCUUGAGUGUAGCUCUUUUCUCGUCCGCGCAUUCUGCAGGCUUUGGGAUGUGCCGGCUUUCGCAGUUCUUCCGCCGGGCGCAAGAUGCACGGGAGUCAAUACGUAUCGUUUUGAGCCAGAAGUUCUAGGGCAAUCUAUCCUUUAACAUUCAGUCUAAGAUC